AUGGAGUUACAGAAGUGCUGCUGAUGGAAAGAGUUCAGACACCAACGUGCAGCCUCCGGAUGACUGGGCUGGAAAUAUCUUCAGUCCCUGCAAACGCAAAACACGCUGUGGAUAUAAUCAGAUUUUUUUGAAGUAAUUUCCUGUUGAAACAAAAAUACAAUAAUUUCCUGAGAGAGAUAUGAACCUGCCUUCCCCUGUUUAUUUGUGAGCGUGUGUGAAGAAGGAGUUAACGCAAGCAGCUAUCAGUCAGAAGGAGGAAGCAGAAAAAGCACAAAGCUCUUCAGCUCCUGACAGAUAUUAUGAAACAGCGAGUGCCAACAUCAGGCAGGUGUUCCCGGUGACAGCGCAGACGAAAGGCUCGCCUGCAGGAAGAAGGUGGAAGGUGAGAAAGCACGCCGGCACCUGGGAGCAGAUCUGGGAGAGGGGCCUCAGGAUCAGUGUGAUGGAAAACCUGGCAGUCUACCAUGGACCCAUUGGCAAGGAGGAGGGAGAGAGGCGGCUGGGCCAGGACAGUCGGGACGGCUGCUACCUCAUCCGCAACAGUGACUCGUUUCCCGGCGUGUACUGUCUGUGUGUGCUGUGCAAUGGAUUAGUUUACACGUACAGACUACACAGGGACAGCGGUGGCUCUUGGGCAGCAGAGACCAUUCCCGGUGUGCAAAAGCGAUAUUUCCGACAAAUGAAGAACUUGAUAGCAGCUUUCCAGAAGCCUGGACAAGGAAUCGCCAUGCCUCUGCUCUACCCUGUCACCGCACAGAGACGUGCACAAACGCAUAUGGAAGUGCAGAUGCCCAGUAACAGCCUGUCACAGACACACAGCAGCCUGAACCCUUUGCCCCAGCUGCACACCCCUCAGGCACGUCGAUACGGGAACAGAAACGAGGCGCCGCAAGCAUUUGAUUAGGGAUGAACUGGAUCAGAACAAACUGUUCCUGCCUUUCCAUUCUAAAUGUUUUUUUUUUUUAAUUUUCCUCCCUCAGCUGCCUUUUGUUACAUUUUCCAGAACCACAUCCUUUAUUCUUCUUUAAUUGUGAGUGACCCGUAAAUGUGAAAUAAAACAGGCUGAAACAUUAACAUCCAUUACUGCUUACGUAAGCUGACAGUAAACACUGCGCUCCCAUUUUUUCUUUAACAAAAUUCACCUACGCAAGCGGCAAAAAGAAAUAAAUGAUACGCGUUGAGAUAAACUUUUUAAAUGAGGUCGCAGCCGUGCACGCCAUUCUCCAUCUGACAUAUAAUGUGGAACAAAAAAUUCAAUUUGACAUAGUGAAGUGCUGAUUUCCAUGGUGAGAAUGCUGACAGAGAGAGAGAGAGAAAUCUGUCAUUCAUCUGAUUGACAUUACUGACUGCACAUAAAAAUAGUGAGAGGAAAAAGCGAGAGAGCAUCUAUUCAGCCUAGACAAUUCUUCAGUGCGGCGGUCUCCUAGCAACCGGCCUCUCCAUCUUUUCACCACAGAGAUGAGGUUGGACAGUAUCUAGCGGAGCAUAUGGUUUAGGAGGGAUGGCGCGUCACAGACAUUCUGCAGAGUG